CACUACAGUCAAACGGCUUGACAGACUUCGUGAUGAAAGUUCCAACCUGGCAUCCGUGUUUUCAAGAGGUGGCGUGAAAAAAGUGCAAAACUCUCGAAAUCCGGCCAAUUUUCGUCACCCAAAGCGCGUAAUUACGUCCGGUUCGUGCGUGCGUGUGUCCGUGUGGUCCGUCCGGGAACCGGUCGUGUGUUUCGUUGCGUGUUUUUCCACUUCUAACAAGGUCAAUCGAUGCAAACUUGAAAGGAGGAAUUUUGAUUUUGGACGAAAUAUGUGAAGGAUUGUUUUAUUUUUUCGUGGUGUGUUGUAAGUUGAUACAAGAAGACAAUAUUCUGGUUAUUAGCCGGAUUUCCGGCCCAUUGCAUCGUGGCCGAUAUGGACCACAAUGGUAAUGUUCAUCGGAGGCAGCAGGUAUCCUCUAAUCAUCCUCUGAGUGCCAGCAGCUACUUCACGCAGCCCUCAGAACUUCAUCAACCCAGCGGCGGCUUGCAGAGCCAAAAUGGAAGAAGUGUAGUCGACACUCAGCAAAUCAUCAGCAGAAAAGCAGCAUCACCAGCAAAAGUCCAGCAACUCUCGUCGUCAUCUCGUCGUCGAUCAUCUACCAGCAACAAAAUGACCGAACCAAUUGGUUCUGCGUCAGCAGCAUUUACCAACAACAACAAUACCGAUGGCUGGGGUGACGACUGGGGCGAUUGGGGAGACUCCGGCGCUCCCCAAGGUCCUCAAUCGAUGGCACCGCAGCAGCAGCAGCCGAUGAUGCAGCCUGUGGGAACAAAUCAUUUCUUCCAACCUCAACCCCAACAGCAGCAGCAGCAGUAUCCACCUCAGCAAACGCAUUUGGACCAGAGCAACCGGAACUUUAUACCGGCCCAACCGGCUUACCACCAUCCGAACUACGCAAACCAGCAACCUCCGCCGGUGCAGCAGCAGAACUACCAGCCAAUCUACCAUCAUCAGUCGCAGCAACCGUAUCCGGGUCAGCAGAUACCGGCGCAGCAGUUUGCACCAGGCCCGAACAACUACUUUGCUCAGCAACCGCAACGACCUCCGUCACAUCCACCGGCUUCAACGACGCCCCACCAGCAGCAGCCGUUCAAUCAGACGAUCACCGAUAGCUUCGACACAAGCGGUGGGGAAAACUGGAACUGGUCCAUCGGAGAUCAGCAACCGGCGGUAGUCGCUGUGGCCGCAGCACCCAGCCCCAAACCCGCGGAGGUUCAUCAACCGACCUACCAAGACCCCAAUUACUCGAACUACUCUGCGCCGAUCGUGCCGCCUCCAAACAAUUUCAGUUUACCUGGUGCCGGAAACAAUACUCAACCGAUACUGCCGCCGCCGACGGCGCCGCAGCAACUUGCCCCAAAGGUGCAGGUUGCACAGUUGACGCGACUCAAGAACGAAACCCUGUCGCCGCAGUGGUCCAUCGAGAGCCAGGUGUCGCAGACGUCCAGCGAUCGUUCGAUCGAGAGUGGUGAAAUCGGCGAGAGUCGUAGCUCGAACACGGUUCCGUCGGACGACGGGUCUUCCGGCAGGCAUGGCGUGGAAAACUACGAGAACAUUGGGGCGUACCAGCAUGGGAUUACGAGCGGUGACGUUCCGGACAAGUUGGACGAGGCGUUGAACUCGUUGAACAUCAAGCAGGAACCUCCGCAGGAGGUAGCUCCCGUGGAGGAACGACGCCAGGAGGGUGGUGGCGGCGGCUACCGGGAGUCAUCGUUCCCGCCACCUCCGCCGUCGAUUGCCGGAGCCAAUCAACAGGCCGAUGGUGGUGCAGCAGUGCCGUUGCCACCAAAGUCCGCGUCGAAAACUCCACCGUUGCCUCCGAUGCCAACCGAGGUCGCAGCAGGUGGUCCACCUCCGCCGAUGCAGGCAGGACCACCGCCAAAAGGACCCGCCGGAAAUCCGUUCAAACGAACCGGUCAGCGGGCCCACAUCGCAACGCCUGGUCUGGCUCCGGCUCCGUCUACGAGUCCUGCCUUCUUCUACCAACCUCCGGCACCGGUUGUCCAGCAGGAAAUCACCAAUUUGGUGAACCUCGUUCCGGAAAAUCAAGAAAUUCCCGAUUCUCGCACAGAGAACGUUGAAAACCUGGAAGUUGCACCAAGUCAUGAUCGGAACCAGUACCUUCAAACUGGUCAUCUGUCCGAGGAAGGUUACACCGUUUCGCAACCAGUCGCCAACGAUCCCCAGCAAGCCGACGACAGUCUUCCCCCGCCAGGCCUUUCCCGUUACGUCCCCGGUCAGCAGCAGUCGGAACCACACCAACAACAAACCGGUCACAACUACCCCGAACCUCCACCCGGCCUGGACCGUAUGAUCCCGGGCACGGACCUCGAGAACGCCACCGACCUCAACAUGGAACGCCAAGUAGACGGAGAAGUGUCCGAUUCGGCCACCUCCAACGCCGUGCGACCUUCGAAUCACCGCGAUCAGACGAUCAGCGAUCGUAACCUUUACCUGGUCCCGGGUGAGAGCGACACCCAUCAUCACAACCAGCAGCGCGUGAUCCCCGGAGUCGAAGACGAUCGCUACGCUGCGCCGCAGGCGCAACCUACCGUAGACAUCCCGAUCAACGAGCAAACGCGCGAACUCGUUAUGGACGGAGAGAACCCGCACGAUCCUCCUGCGCAGCAGCCACAGCAGCCGAUCCACGUGGAAAUAAGUCGCGAAGAACCGAUCGAGGGUGGCAAUACGCUCGAUGACGAGCCGGCUGUCAACUCAACGGCAGCUGCAGCGGGAGACUCCUCGCUAACGGUUGAACCGCCGCGCAAGGAUCCGUCCAAUACCUCAACGGCGGACGAAAGCGACAAAGAUCGGUCGAUGUUCUACUCAAAGGGCAAGCAGUCGUCUUCGAGGCGGGACGAGGAUCCGCUGAGGCGUUCGACGAAGAGCAAGAGUUCGCGCGAUCGCUACGAUACGGAAGAUUCGGACUACAGCGAUCGCGAGCGGAGACGGAGGGAGCGCGAGGGAAGUGAUGGUCAUCGGGAUCGGAAGCGUGGUGGCGAGAAGGAAAAGGAACGUCGCAAGGAGGGAGGAGGACGUGGGGAGCGAGAUCGGGAUCGUGACCGUGGUUAUGAUCACCGGGAUAGAGAUCGUAACAGGUACGAUCGCGAACGUGGUGAUCGCGACCGGUACGGCCGCAAGUACGACCGGGACGCGCGCUACGAAACCGACGGCUCCAAGUACGAGACGGAGCGAUCGACGCGCUACGACAAGGACGGAGACGGCAGCAAGCGGUACAUUUCCCGCGAGGAGUACUACCGCAAGCGGGAGGAACGCGGUGGUGAAGAUCAUCGCCGCUACCGGAAAGAGAAAGAUCGCGAGCGGGGUGGCGAUCGCUACCGGGAAGAGGGAAGAAAAGAUGAUCGCUACCGCGACGGAGACAAACGGCGCGAUCGCCACGAUCGACGCUACGAGUACGAGGACUACCGCACCGGAAGUCGCAACGGAACGGAGCGUGACCGUGCCCGCGGAAGUCGCGAGCCGGAUGAUCGCAAGGAUCCGCGUGAUCCUCGCUCCAGCAAGUACGCUCCGUCGAGCUCGUCAGCGUACGGUGCGCAGCAGUACGGCGGAGCGACCACGGCAGCCGGUUAUUACGACCCGUACAGUUACUACACCCAGCACCAGGCGUACUACGAGCAGCUGCGCCGUACAAACCCGCAGGCGUACGCCGAGUGGUACCGCACGUACUACAGCCAGAUUCAACAGCAACAGCAGCAGCACCAGCAGGCGCAAGUGGGUCACAUCCCGCGGGACAUGAUGGCUGGGGACGACCGGGAGUCGGUCCACUCGGGACGCAGCUCGGCCAACGAUAAGGAACGGUUUAAUCGCACGACACCGUUCCUCCAUCAUCAACCCGCGCUCGUCGCCGGCAUGUACAAUCCGGCCGACGACUACCACCGUCAUUUCAAUAACCAAUCGCAACCAUCCGCCAUGCUCGACCAGAGCUUCCUCAGCGAUGUCUCUGGCCAGCCGACGUCACUGCCAAUGUACCAUCACCAGCAGCAGCAGCAACAGCAGCGGAUGGCCGGCGGAACAUUCCCGCAGCAUCAACAGCGGGCCACGCCCCUUCUCCUGGACAGGUCGUACCACACUGAUAGUGGAUAUUACCAGCCAAGGUUGGACGCUACCGAUGGAUCGCUGCGCCAGGAGCAGAUGGAAGUGCUCGAGCCGGAACGGCUGACCCCUCGCAAGUUCCCCGAGAUCCACUCGAUCGUGAGCAUUUCCAGCGGACUGCUGGUCACCGCCAAGAAUCAGCUGACUAUCAACGGGACGACCGAUCUCGUCAAGAUUUUGAGCUUGGGUACCAACGAGCCCACCCGCAAGCUGUUCCAGUCCUACCCGGGGCCGCUCGUCAAGAACAAGACCCACAAAAAGUCCGUCAUUGAGUUCUGCGAGGAGCAGCUGCGGGCGGGACCGCCACCCUGCACCCUGAUCGGUGGCCACACGCUGAUCAAGUCGCGCGGCAACUCGAUCAACAGUCUGCACUCGUUCGGGUCGAGCGCGAACCGGGGCUCGUUCACGCUGCUGUGGAACUACAUCAUCCUGCUGCUGAGACAGAACGGGACCUUUGUCGGCACGGACAUCUCGGAGCUGCUGAUGCAGAACAAGGUCGAGUUCCCGUUCGAGUCGGCGCAGGCUAGCGCCCGCUCGACGAACGUUAGCGGUCGUAACUCGUCGCUGUCGGCCACGGUCGAGCGUCGCGCCGCUCACGACGCCGAGGGCGAGGAAGAUUCGGCGGAACAGGUCGAAAAUGCGGAAAUCAGCACCGGCACCGACCCCGACGUGGAGAAGAAGGAACCGCUGAGCGAGCUGGAGAUCACGGACAAGUUCCGCAACUAUUUGAUCUACGGGAACAUGAGCGAAGCGCUGGAGUGGGCCACCGAGAAUAACUUGUGGGGUCACGCGCUGUUCCUGGCCUCGAAGGUGGACUCGCGGCAGCACGCGAACGUCAUGAUGAAGUUCGCCAACAAGCUGACGCUGAACGACCCGCUGCAGACACUGUACCAGCUGCUGAGCGGCCGGACGCCGUCUUCGGUGACAUGCGUCCUGGACGAGAAGUGGGGCGACUGGCGGCCACAUCUGGCCAUGCUGAUGUCGAACAGUUCGGCCAAGCCGGAGCUGAUCAAGAAGUCGAUCACGACGCUGGGCGAUUCGCUGUACAAUCGGGGCGAUUUGUACGCGGCUCACUUUUGCUACCUCCUGUCGGAUGUAACGUUUGGACGGUUCGCGGACGUCAAGGUUGAUGGUGGCGCGACCGUCACGGCCAACACGGUGGUCCGGUUGAUCCUGCUCGGGUCGUCCCACAUGCAGCGCACGUUCAAGGAGUUCUCCACGAACGAAUCGAUCAUGAUGACCGAGAUCUACGAGUACGCGCGAUCGCUCAACGAGGAACGGUACGCGAUCACUGAAUUACAGUACUACAAAUACUUGCUCGCCAGUCGCAUGCUAGACUACGGAAUGCAGCUCAAGUGUCUGCUGUACAUGGAGCAGCUAGCGGAACAGAUCCAGCUCGAUCCUUACAGAUUCGACUCCGAGUUCAUCCGAAAGGUCUACACGCUGGGCGAUCGGUUGAAGUACUACGACCCUGUGUUGGAAAAGGAACUGGACGAAUCCGUGGACAACCACGGCCACGGCAACAUCUACACCAACGUCGAAGAUCCUGCCUGGUUGCAGCGGUUGAGUGCAAUACUGAUCAACUACAAUUCCACGAAUGCUUCCAACUACGCUCCCCAAUCGACGUCCUACGACGGCCAGCCGGACUACAGCAACAACAACAGUCAGUACAACAGCUACACCGGUUACAACACCGAACAGCGACCCGGCGCAGGUCAGGAGCAGCUUCAGCAACAACCGUACGGCAUCGACCCAACCGAGAUCAACAACGAAUUCACCAAAAUCAACCAGCAGCUCGGUCAGCUGAACCUCCAGUACACGGAAGGCUUUGAACCCCAACAACAACAGCAGCAGCAACAACAACCAACUCCAACCCACCACCAGUACGACCACCACAACUCGAUGGCAGCUCCCAGCUACGACCAGGGUUACGACUCGAUCAACCAGUCCUCGAUGCCAGAGGAGCAAAAGCAGCAAGAAAGCUACGAUCAGCAACAGUCACCUCAGCAGCAGCAGCAACCGUACUCGUACGGUUCGUACGAUGGAUCUUCCGGUCAGCCGAGCCUGUUCGUGCCGUCGCCGGUUCCAGCUGGGCAGGAGCAACAGCAGCAGCAACAACAGGCCAGCCCGUACGACUACUGGGGAGCGAACGCUGAGCCACUUUCGAAAACCGCCAUCGCCGGUUUGUCCGCCGCGUCCACCAUCGCCGCCGUCCACGCCGCCCGGCAGGCCGCUGCCUUCAGCUCGCCCGCUCGGUCCUCCGACAUUCCCCGGGGCACCCCGUCGCCGGUUCCGGCCAUCGCACUCCAACCGCCGUCACUGUCCUCGUCGAACGCUGCCGUUGGUGGCCCCGACGGUGGCGGCGAUGCCAUCAACUACAUGCCAAAGCCUUCCAUUUCGAUGCCAAAUGCGGUCUCCCAGCGGCCGGGGUUCGACGAUGAGGAUGGAAGCAACGCAUCGCCCAAGCAUGGAGCGCAAGCGAACCAGCAGCAGCAGCAGCAGGCCCCACAGGGAAAGGGGGCAGCUCCGGCGGAUCAGUCCAAAAAGGGACAGCCGGCGAAGCCUGCGGCCAACAACCAAGGAUCUGGUUGGUUUGGAGGAAUCUGGAACAAGCUGUCCAUGAAGCCAAAAAAUCAGAUGAUUCUUCCAGACGAUAAGAACCCAACGAUUGUGUGGGACCCGGACAAGAAAAAGUGGGUAAACACCGAAGGUGAAGCCGCCGGCGAGGAAGCCUUCAAGCCCCCGCCGAAAAUGGCCGACCUCAUGCCAACGGGGGCAGCCCAACCGCCACCACAGAUGCAGGCACCCGCUCCGGGACCACCAGCUCCGGCUCCAGUCAUGGCGAUUUCCACCCCCAGUCCCGGAUACGUUCCCGGUGGUGGCGGCGGGGGAAUGGCUCCGGCUCCCACGAUGAACGUGGAUCCCGCGGCUUCGUUGCCCACAGGGAUGGCGGCAGCCCCACAGGGAGCGGCUCCCAAGGUCGGCGAACCCACCAAGGUUCCCAACCUGCAGUCCAACAUGUUCAAGAUGCAGAGGAAUCGAACUCUGAAAAAAUCGUACGUUGAUGUGUUCAACCCAUCCGGGGUGGCCCCGAGCCGGCCAGCGGAAUCGAUUAUGGCGCCACCGGUGCCAACGAUGCCCACGCCCCAGGCAGGAUUCUUCGUGCCCGGUCCGGCGCCAGCCGGAGGCGCACAGUCCAACGACACUGCGGCAGAGGGAGUGCCACAGUUCUACAAUCCCAACCAGUACGCGGGAAGUUACCAACAGUAGGGUGGACUCUAGAAAAUCGUGAAUGUCCGUGGAGUCGAACGUAUUACGGCUCCUGUUGUGCAAAGUUUGGCAAACGAAUGAAACAUUUUUCUUUAAAAUAAUCAAGUUUGACUCUAGACUUUUGUAAAUGAUUUGUUUGUAUUUUUUUUUCUGUUUGUGUAUAAAUAGCAAAAGUAUAUCUUUAUAUUGCCCGGUUAGCGCUAGCCUAAGUUGUAUUAUAAUUAAGAUGUCCCCCUUUUGUUUUAGUAUUUAGAUGAAAAUCAAGGCGUAUUUGUUUGGGAAAUAAAAUAUCUACAGCACACAUUUAUUCAAUUAUCGCGCAUGCAUCGCAAAUCGAACAUAAAGUUUGCUCAUUUAUGUUUCGUUCCAAAUGCGGUAGCGUACCGCAAAGGUUUUAGUCAAAAAUAUAGUUCCGGGGUAGCGACAAAAAAAAUAACAAGCGAAAGCACUUUGAAAAAGCUUGCUGGAAGCUGAGAGAAGAGUAUAGUGAGGUAAUGUGAUAUGUAUUAACCUUUACUUUUAUUAGAUCUUUAUUUUCCUCCCUUUAGAGUUAUUUUAUUUGUUUUUUUUUUUCGAAAGGGUGCAGAGCUGAGUAUUUUUUUUUUCGUGGUAUAAAUUUAGGAUUGAAAAAUAUGACUCUAUUCAUUCGCGUAAAAGACAGACAGAAAAAAAAUCUAGGAUGAACGUUUGAAACCACUUUUAGAUAGCAAACAGGAACAAUUCAAGGCACGUGUUUUUUUUCUAAAAUGAAUGAGAAAACGCGCGUGAUGUUGGUGAGAGUGUUAUCGCUGGAGUGACGACGUAAGGACGUGGCGUCGUGUAUAUUUCCCAUUUAGUGAAAUUCACAGUAUGCAGUUGAACAUUAAUAAAGCAUCUAUUGAAUAAUCA